UUUUGUGUAAUCGUGAGUUUUUGUGCAGGUGUUUUUAUCCCACUGAAAACGUGUUGAAGUGAGGAAGUGUUGCCACAAAGUGUUGGAUUGUCUCUCAGGAUUGCGACGGUAGUUGCAAAGCCAUGUCCUUCGAGGUGGUUGACGUCGUGCACGGCGUGCUAAAGUUUCCCUCCUAUAUCCGGAGCAUUGUUGACACGGCGGAGUUUCAGCGCCUCCGGAAUAUAAAGCAAUUGGGGCUGGCCAGUCAUGUCUUCCCAGGAGCAAACCACACCCGCUUCGAGCACUGCCUUGGUGUCGCUCACCUUGUUCAGCGCCUGCUUGCCGUGCUGGAGAAGAACUCAGGCAAAUGCAUCGAUGAGUCAUACAAGAAAUAUGCAAUUAUCGCUGGACUGCUUCAUGACCUGGGUCACGGACCAUUUUCCCACAUGUGGGACAAGUUCGUCCAAACGGGUCGCGAUAAGUCGUGGAAGCACGAGGAGACUUCUUGUGCGCUGGUCGAGAGGAUCUUCCAGAGAAUUCCACUGAGUGAUUGCCAAAAGGAGCACAUUAAGGGCGUGUUGAUCAUCAAGGCACUGAUCCUGGGCGAUGAGGAGACGCUGAGGCAGCUUCUGCCCAAGGAGGACAUGUUUCUCGCUGAGAUUGUCAGCAAUUCCUUCUGCGAAUUGGAUGUCGAUAAGUGGGAUUACAUUGUCCGAGACAUUUUCUACCUCAAGCACGCGAUCGAAAUAUCGCUUGAUUUCCUGUCUCUCUUCCAAGGGGCAAAGAUUGCGUACGACGGGGAUGGAGUGUCUCACAUUGUCUAUAAUAUAGAUGACAUGAGCAACAUCCUUCGAGUCUUCGAGAUCAGAUCGAAGUUGCAUCGCGAAGUCUAUCAAUUACCCUUUGUCGCUCUUAUGGAGAACUACAUAAAAGACGUUCUCGUGUCCGCCGAGGCGAAUGGCUUCACUCUGGACGGAGUAAAGUUGACUGAAGCUCAGCAUCACUUGGAGAAGUUCCUGCUGUUGGACGAUUCAAUCCUACGAGUGAUUGAAUUGGACGGGAAUCCCAAACUGCGCGCGACCAAAGAUCUGAUCAGGAGGCUGGCUGAGAGGAGGGGCUAUCAGAUGAUCGAGAGACACACGCACAAGGACGGUGUGAAUGGUUUCGGGGAGGAAGUGACCAGUGAAAUAGUGCAGAGAAUCGAUAUGCCGAAAGUACCUAAGAAACUGCCAGUUUACAUCGACAAUGUGGGCAGCUUCUUCCAGCCGUUCUUGAGGGACGCAUCAAUCCUGACCAACACAAUUACGUACAAAGCGAGGAUCGACGCAGAUUCGACUGAUAAGUGAAUUAGCAAUGAAUUGAUCACAAUGACAUACCUAAGAAAUGUUAGU